AUGUCCUACUCCAACGAGUCCUGCGGCAUCAGCUGCCCCCAGCCCAUCGCCGAGAGCUCCAACGAGCCAUGUGUGCAGCAGUGCCCUGACUCCAGAGCCCUGAUCCUGCCCCCGCCGGUGGUGGUGACCAUCCCGGGCCCUGUGCUCAGCACCUGCCCUCAGGAGAGCGUUGUGGGAUCGUCGGGCCCAGCCUUGCCGGGGCGUUCCUUCAGUUCCCGCAGCUCCCAGGGCUACGGGGGCUCCUUUGGGCUGGGAGGUUCAGGGGGUUAUGGGGGUUAUGGGAGCUCCCUGGGCUAUGGGGGCUCCUUUGGGUCUGGAGGUUAUGGGAGCUCCCUUGGCUAUGGGGGCUAUGGGAGCUCCCGGGGCUAUGGGGGUUUCUCAGGCUAUGGGGGCUCCUUCGGGGGCUAUGGGGGCUCCCGGGGCUAUGGGGGCUCCUUUGGCCUGGGAAGCUGUGGGGGCUAUGGGGGCUCCCAGGGCUAUGGGGGCUCCCUGGGCUACGGCCGUUCCCUGGGUUAUGGAGGUGACACCGGCUAUGGGGGCUCCUUUGGGGGCUAUGGGGGAUCCUUUGGGGGUUAUGGGGGCUCCCUUGGGGGCUAUGGGGGCUCCCUUGGGGGCUAUGGGGGCUCCUUUGGCAAUUGCGGGAGGUCCUACAGCUCCGGCUUCUCCUCACGGGGCCUGGGCUAUUCCGUGCCUGGCUCCCAGAGAUGGGGCAGGUCCCGCCGCGGGAGCUGUGGGGUUUUCUAA